AUGACCUUGCAGUGGACAGCGGUCGCUAUCUUUCUUUAUAUUGAGAUCGGCACUUUGAUGUUGCUUAUGCUACCUUGGAUUCGGCCACCUGUAUGGAAGAAGAUAUUUAAGAGCCGUAUUGUAAGAGCUUUCGAAUCCUAUUCUUAUAUUUAUUCUUACGCACUUGGUGGAAUUCUGUUUCUCCUGUUCUUUGACGCGAUACGAGAAGUGAAAAAGUAUGGAUUUACCGAAUCUCUUUCUGAUUUCCAGUACCAAGUGGCACAAGUCGAUGCUGUUGUUCACAUGCGCCUGUUUCGUGCACAGAGAAACCUCUACAUAUCUGGAUUCGCGUUGUUCCUGUGGCUGGUUAUACGUCGAAUGGUGGAUCUUUUAAGCCGUGAAGCGAAUCUUAUGGCGUCGGCGGAAGCUUCCAUGAGGCAAGCCCAAAGUGCCACGGUGGCUGCUCAUUCGUUAAUGAAGGAAAAGGUAUUUGUUUUUUACACUGUUCUCUGGCCCUACAUCGAUUGUCAUCUUUUUGUAAUGUUAUUUAGGGGUCGACAGAGAAAUCAGAGUCAACAGAAGCGGAUGAGCAUGAUGCUGGAGAGACAGAAUUGA